AUGGGGCUCAAAGAUUCUGGGAGAAGUUGGUCCCACCUCGCUUCACAGGUCACAGGAGCUCUUGCGGCGGCGGCGCAGCGAGCAUCUGUUGCCCUCGCCCUUCGCAAUGGCCUCCUCCUCCUCUGUCUCCCGUCCGCGGAAGCGUCCCGCCGCCGUCGCCUUUUCUUCCUCGCCUCCGCCGCCGUCGCCUUUUCUUCCUCGCCUCCGCCGCCGCCUCAGGGGCUAAGGACUCUGAAAUUGACACCAAAGAAGAAUUUUCCCCUGAUCUGGCGGACCUGUGAUGUUCUUCAGCUUUAUCUAAAGUCUUUUGGCAGGACAGCUCGUUUGACGAGUCCAGAGGGACGUCAGCGAGACUACUUUGAGGCAGAGUUCUUUUUUAAAGAAGAAGCUGAAGAUGCAUUGCAGAACUGCAAAAUCCCAAACAUGACCAUUGAAUGGGCUGAAGCAAACAUAUCAGACAAUCCACUUACAGGACCAGCACAAAUUUCGUAUGACCCACCAAGGUGUGACUACGAUGAUUUUAACAUUCUGCUCCAGGAGUAGAAGAAUCUUUUGUUGAGAAACAAGACAUUCAAGGCUCUCUUUCUCUUGUCGAGAAAUAAGACAUUCAAGGCUCUCUUUUCUUAAAAGAAAGUGCAUUUUUUGUGGAAUUGUGGGAUUCGUCCCUUCACUACUUUUUUUUGGUAGAGCUGCUGUCUCCUAGAGCUUACUGUGCAAUAGACAUGCAUGAAGUAUUCGUAGUCUUUUUUAUUCAAGUUUAGAUUUCCAAGCAUAUAUGCUAUAGCCUAAAAAAAAACUGGUCGAAAUGCAGGUUUGGUCUGUUGUUGAAGCUGUUUUUUAUCCCAGAAACCCAAAUUUUCAGUUUUUACCAAAUGGA